GCUGGGCAGUGCUUUCUCCGUGCACGGUGCAUUAGGCGGCGAGGGGAGAAGGCGGGGGCGAGCUCUGGGGGUCGCGCCUUACGGGAGCGAGUAUGGCAACUGCCAGAGCUAAGAAAGUGAAGAUGGCUACCAAGUCCUGCCCGCAGUGCGACCAACAGGUUCCUGUGGCCUGUAAAUCCUGCCCCUGUGGAUAUAUAUUUAUUAGCCGAAAAUUACUACAUGCAAAGCAGUCAGAAAGAUUGCCUGCGACCUCCGAAAACAGAUCCGACCCCAAAAGGCGAAGAACGGAGAGAAUCAAAAGGGAAAGGAUAAAUGCGACUGUGAAUAAAGACCUAGAGAACAGGAAGCGAUCGAGAUCCAACAGCCAGUCCGAGGCAGCGCGGAGAGGACGCGGCCGCCCAAAAGCGGCUUCCACCAAAAAGGUCGAGGAGGAAAAAGAAAAACAAGAGAAGGAAAUCGAUAUGUAUGCCAAUCUCUCGGAUGAAAAGGCGUUUGUGUUUUCAGUGGCCCUCGCGGAAAUCAACAGAAAAAUCAUCAAUCAAAGGCUUAUCCUUUGACUGCCGGGGUGG